CGACUGGCAAGAGCAGCUCGAGCCGCGUCCCAGUUUCCAACAGAAAACCUUGACGUCCUUGAACUCCGUCCCAGUUACCGAUUACAAACCGGGACGCCACUGUCGACAAGGAGUCCCAGAGACGCCGAUCGAUUUUCCAACAUGUCGGCGCCGUUGCGUUCGCGUCCCACCCGACGUCGCAUUUCCGCGUAAAUCUCUGGUAGUUUUCGAUUUCCCUCUAACGAACAGCGUCUUUGACGUGGUCUUCCGACGCGAGAGAAAAAUGUCGAGAAACGACGCUAAUCUUGGCUACGCGUACCAGUUGCCUGCCGGAGGAUGGUCGGCCAAAAUCCGAAACGCGCUGUCCCAGUUCAGCGAUAUUUUCAGCGAAUUCGACAAAUAUAUCGCCCCGGCGUACCACCACGACAGAUGCGAAAGGUCGGUGCAGAUGCGCUUGUACUCGAUGCACAAGCGAGAAUUCGUCUUGGUGUUUAUACUAUUCUUCGCCGCUUUCGGACUGACGAUCUUCAUCGGACUAGCGGGUCCGCCGAUCACCCAGACGCUCGAACUCGACGGGCUAAGCUUGCUUCCCAAAUUUAACAAGACGAGCCCCCCAAACCGGAAAGAUAUAGCAACGGGACCCUUUAUUACCAAGACCCCCAGGAUGUCGACCUACAACCAACAACUCUGGCUCAUAGCCAAGCUGUCCACCGAGAACACGGACGGGGAAAUAAUCGACAAGAAGUUCCAAAUAUGCGUCUCGCUGUCCGGACUGACCGAGGAGCACAAGCCGGCCGUCAUUUUGGAUUCAAAAGAACACCAAAACAGGACGCGGCACUUAAAGUGCGAGAAGCAGACCUGCGAAGAAUUUAUCGUAAUGCACCUGGGCUGUCUGGAUUACGCCCACUACAUCGUGACUGUCAAUUUUUACGGCCUGGAAGCUUUCCAUUCCAGAUACAACAUCGAGGGUUUGUAUUUUUACUUCAAGACUUACAAUCCGGACUUUACGCAAAUAGAAGUCUGGUUCAGAUUGAUAUAUCUGACGAGCACGUUUUCAAUAGCGUGGUGGUAUUUCCUGGCGUUGAAAAAAUAUCCGGUCCACUGCUGGUCGUUCGAGCAGAAGUGGGCGGGCCUGCUGUUGCCGCUGCUGAUGGCGUUUAACAAUCCCGUCUUCCCGAUGAUAUUCCUGGUCAGCACUUGGCUGCCCGGAAUGCUGGACGCCAUUUUCCAGUCGACCUUUUUGGCUGCGCUGCUGCUCUUUUGGCUCAGCGUCUACCACGGUCUCAGACAGAACGAACGUAACGUCUACACGUUCUACCUGCCCAAGUUUUUCGUGGUCGCCAUGAUGUAUUUCCCCUCGCUCGUACUGUCGACUUGGCAAAAAAUAGGGGAACUAGAAGACCCUUCGUACGACCACUCGGUGGAGGCGAAUUUGGAGGUGAUCAAAGCUUUCUUCUACAUUUUCGGAUCCAUCUACGCGAUCUAUCUGGUGUAUUUGAUUUUGAAAGCGUAUUCCGAACUCAGAUCCAUGCCAUUUUUCGGACUCAGGUUGAAGUUUCUGACUCUUCUGAUGCUGGUGGUGUUGACGGCUGGCGCCACGAUCACCACGUUCAGGUUCGGCGUCGACAUCCUCGAGGAUAACUUCGUCGCACAGCUGGGUACUCAUUACAACAAUUCCUCCCAGUUCAUGUCGUUUUAUGGGUUACUGAAUCUGUACGUGUACACCAUGGCUUACGUGUAUUCGCCGGGAACCAGAAACGUCCACGAUUUGGGCAUCACCAAAGAUAACCCCGCCUUCUCGAUGAUAAACGAUUCUGACGAGGACGUGAUAUACGGGUCCGACGAAGAAAGCCGAAGACCAUUGAACAGGGGCCGUACCGACGACGACAGCGACUAGACGUUUCGACCCCGCGGAGAAGCGGUUAAAAUAAUUACGAAUAUGGAGUUUUUAUAUAACAUUAUUUUAAUGGCGGCCACCGGCUGCGUGUACGCGGAUGCGCGCAAAUGUCAACCGAAGUCAACUAGAUGUUUUGGUGUUUUUGUUUUACGAAAUCGUUCCUAUUUGGCAGAAAGGCCGAGCUAUAUCAGUUUUGCGUUAAGCGGUUGCUAUUUUAUAACGGCGAAAUUUUAGCGGAUUUGAUACCGUUACUUUUGUACAGAUUUAGCGACUGAUUGUAUACAAAUGUUCGAAUUGUCUUGUUAUUUUUU